AUGGCUGUGAACGUCACGUCCGAUGCAUGGUUUGGCAGAGUGGGGCCUGGGCCUUCCAGAAUUGAGGUUGAUGGAUCAUUUGGAUCGUUCAUGGCCAAAACUCUUAGACCUUGUUCGUAUGCGGACUCGAGGCAUGGCUGCAUGGAUGGAUGGGAGCCCAUGGACGGCUCGGUUGUGAAAUUCGAUCUCGUGGAGAAGAUCCGAACGAAACGGGACGAAGGGUGGGCUUAUAACACCACGUGUGGACUCGAAGCCUUGAAGCAGCUCGAGAGGGCCUCCUUCACCGGUCCGCGACCACCGAGUCAGAAGGACUGGUGGACUGCUUUCCAGCUCUUGGGAUUGCUCAGACACGACCCACGUCUGUCGUCGGAGUCAGAGCUGGUCAAGAGAAUCUCGGGGUCCAUGGCGAAGCACUUGACGAACCACCUCCUCAACGGAUCAUCGUUGAUCUCCACUCUGGGCGAGGUGGUUGAGGUGGUUGCUGAGUUUCCUUUGAAGCCCCUUCAGGAAGUUGACCAGGCAGAACAGUGGUCCCAAGUCUAUUGGACAUGUCGAGGGGGCUUUCGAGGUAACGGCGCAAAGCUAUCCGGCAUGUUCCUCGAAAGGGGGGGGAAAGCCGUCGCUGGAAAGGCCUUCUUGUUAUUGUCACGCCCUUCUCUGUCAAGCCCUUAUCCAAGACCCUUGGAAUGCUGGCAAUACCUUGAGAAGCAGCACCUCGCAAACAUGGGGCCGCUCGAGUUCGUCAAUUUGCUCCACUGUCUCGCACAAGCCAAAGUUCCGAACGCUCAACUUAGACCAUUCGGCAUGCCGAAACAAACUGAGAUGAGAUGGAAUGGAGAAGUUGCAGAGGAGAUUGCCAGCUUAUUGCCCGACAGACUACGUGGGGUUUUCAAACCUCAGGAGGUCAGAUCGUUGGAGCACUUGGGCAGUUGCGUGCACACAGUUUUGUCUGCAAGCAGACAGAUGGAGAUCUUCCACUGGCCGCUCCUGGAGACAUGCAUUGAGUGCAUAUGGUGCCUGGCCCAGUUGAACUGGCACGAUCUCUUCGAGCGGCUGAAACUGCCGAAUCCAGCCCUAGCAGCGUUGUCUUCCUUCCUCUUCAGUCCCACCGAGCCCACACCGGCUUUGUCUGAGUUGUACGAAGCGGUGAAGGCUCGACCAAGCCAAAGCCGCAUCAAAAUACUGCACAACUGGGUAAGUGUCGUCGCGCGCGCAGCAAGGCGGCUGGUCAGGGCGCUUGAUGUUGAGAUGGAGAACCCUGACGAGCGGAUAUGCAACAUGCAGUGCAGACUGAUGGUGAUGAGUGCGAUGGCCAUGACGCAUCUCGACAUGAAGACGGUCACUUCUUUGUUGACAUCCAUCCGGACAGUCGCCAGAAGAUACCCCACACGUCUUGAUGCAAGCUUUAUCCAGUCGGCAGUCCAGAGGGGUCGCGCACUCGCAAGUAACUGCUUCGAAGAGGAUCGGAAGUUCCAGCAAGCGCUUGCAGCUUACUUGAGGCUCCCCCAGCAGUGUGGCAUUUUCGGAAAGUUGCGUGAGGAGCUGCAGGCCCAUUUGGCUGAUCUCCGAGCAGGGCGGUGA